GAGUUGGUCAUGUUCAUUGCGCCGAGUCCUCCCGCUCUCAGGGCUUCUCGAGUGGUAUCCCGUAGCUCAACGGAUCGAUUGACGCGUAGUUGGAGGUAUGCGACAGCAGCAAGAGUGUCUUGGCGUGGGUGCGAGGUGGAGGAGGAAGCUUCGCGCGAGCGCCAGGUCGAAGGCGCGAACACGCCAACAGCUCCACCUCGAACUCGCUCGCACCCCCGUCCUCCCCGCAACACCAACACCAAACGCCACCCCACGUGCAUGGCGUGCACAUUGAAUCGCCAAACAUGAAGACAUAGCUCUGAAACACCAUAAUGGCGCUCUCAUAUAUUCGCCAGCUCUAUUCGCUGGACACGCUAGACACCCGUUUCGUCGUUCCGGCCACCUCGCCCCCUAGGGAAGCCCUAGAACAGGCAAACGCCGACCCUGCGAGUCCCUCCCCGAUAUCCAAUGGAAGAGACAAGAGCCGGAAUGGCCACGACAACGUUCAACCGCCGCGAUGGAGGACCAACGAGUUCUACUUUUACUACCUCGCCAUAUCAGCUAGCGUCUUCUUCAUGUUCAAGCUGGUAGUUGAUUGUUCAAAGGAGUCUCAUCCAAACUUUUCACACUUCUCCCACCUGCUGUCCGAUGGCUGGAUACCGGGCCGCAAAGUGGACAAUACGGAUGCGCAGUACUCGGGCUUUCGACAGAACGUGCCCUAUCUCUUCGUAGUUGUCACACUCCAUCCGCUGUUGAGAAAAGCGUACGAUGCCUUCUGGAGGGCCGACACGUACACUCAGGUCCGCCCAUCCCCCGGGGGACUGACCAUGGGCUUGACAGCUGCAGCUGCCGCAGAUGCUCGUCUGAGCCAGCGUCUGUCCUUCGACGUGGGCUUUGCCGUCGUCUUUCUGGCAGCACUGCACGGCUUCUCCAUCUUCAAGAUUCUUGCGAUUCUCUACCUCAACUACCAAAUAGCCAUGAAGCUGCCUCGAGCUUACGUGCCAGGCGCAACGUGGAUCUUCAACCUUGCUGUCUUGUUCGCCAACGAGCUGUUACACGGUUACCGCUACUCUGCCAUCUUCGCCUUCUUCCUCCCAUCAACACUGUCCGAGAAGGGCACGCCAGCCACCAACUUUGGUCACACGCUUGACAGCUACGGGGGGCUCAUCCCGCGAUGGGACGUUCUCUUCAACUUCACUGUCCUUCGCCUCAUCAGCUUCAACCUGGACUACUACUGGAGCCUGAACACCCGUGCGAGCAGCCCGCUAGAGAAGAAGCAACUCGACCCCUCGAACCUGUCGGAACGCGACCGCGUCUCCAUCCCCGCCAAGCCCCACGACUUCACCUUCCGAAACUACUUUGCCUACACCAUGUACUCCCCCCUCUACCUCGCCGGCCCCAUCCUCACCUUCAACGACUACAUCUCGCAGGCGCGCUACCGCCCGCACAGCAUCACCUCGAGACGCACCGCUCUGUACGCCAUCCGCUUCGUCAUCGUGCUGCUCACAAUGGAAAUCAUGAUCCACUACAUGUACAUGGUCGCCAUCUUCCACGCCAAACCCGCCUGGAGCAACUACACCCCCGCGCAGCUCAGCAUGCUCGGCUUCUUCAACCUCAAGCACAUCUGGCUCAAGCUGCUGAUCCCGUGGCGCUUCUUCCGGCUCUGGGCGCUGCUCGACGGCAUCGAUCCGCCCGAGAACAUGGUCCGCUGCAUGAGCGACAACUACAGCGUCAUGCAGUUCUGGCGCGGCUGGCACCGCAGCUUCAACAAGUGGAGCCUGCGCUACCUGUACAUCCCGCUCGGCGGCAGUGCGCUGCCGGGCUUCUGGGGGAAACUCAGAGGCGUCGCAAACUACUGCGCCGUCUUCAGCUUCAUCGCCAUCUGGCAUGACAUCCAGCUCCGGCUGCUCAUGUGGGGAUGGCUGGUGACGCUGUUCGUGCUACCAGAGAUCAUUGCCGGCCACCUCUUUCCCGCCCGCAGGUACAAGAACAGCCCGGAUCUGUACCGCAUGCUGUGCGGCCUGGGCGCCGUCGGCGAGAUCCUCAUGCUCAUGGUUGCCAAUCUGGUCGGGUUUGCGCUGGGCUUGGACGGCCUGGACGGCCUGGUCAAGGGCAUCACGGGGUCGUGGUCUGGCUGGGCGUUUCUGGCGACGGCCUGCUUCGCGCUGUUCACGGGCGUGCAGUUCAUGUUUGAGUGGCGGGAGGCCGAGAAGCGGAGGGGCAUCAAGAUGAAGUGCUGAGUCGUGUGGAUGAGUCGUGUGGAUGAGUCGUGUGGAUGAGUCGUGCACGGUGAAUGUAUUCUUCGUGUGUCAAUGGCACUCACAUGUCGCUUCAAGAGCACACCCGCCAGCCAGCUCAUGCAAUAUUCGUUUUUUCGAAUUACACUAUGAUCGUCAUGAAUGCGGUUAUCGUUUCUACCUAACGCCAUGAUGCAAAUGCUCGCUGAUUGUCAAUGCCACCGCCCCUCCUUGAAUCUACACACAUCUCCCGCUCACGGGAUGAUCGACGGAUCGCGCGGCCAGUUCGCCGCAAACGCCGUCCACGGCGUGCCCCGCAUGGCCAUAUUGCCCUCCCCGUCCUUGGUGUAC